AUCCAUGUUGUCUAUCUCCUGAUAUUCUACAUUUUUUGUGGAGAUCAACAUCAAAUUUGCAGCUAAAGACGCUACAUUAGAAUAAGGUGAAUUGCGGAUACUUUGGAGAGUCGAAUUUCGGUCAUAUGACCAUAAGAACAGGUGUGACCAGAAGCAUUAUCAUGCCUUUAUUCAUCCGAAAUUUCCAAAUAAAUGUUCAGUUCAGUCUGUCGUGCGUCGUUUACAUGAUUCUUGACGUUGAGUAGCAGGAUGACUGAUACUACACUCCUCAUUGCGCUAGUCUCGACCUGGUUCUAGGCUACGAAUUCUAGCGUGACGAGAUUUAUACUUAAUCUGAUCCACAUCAGGUCGACCAAGAUUCUUCGUUUAAUUGUGAUUUUGGCAACGGGUUCAUGGAUGGAGUUAUGAGAAGCACCGUCUUGUCCGUUCCUGUGCGGACAAGACUGGCGCAGAUGAUUAUUCGCCACCUUCAAAUUGAAUUGUUACUUGACCAACCACUCAAAGCCGUGACCCAUCAACUCCGGAUGGUUACCAUGGAGUUCAAGUAAACGUCCUGCUGUAUGUUCAUAUGACACUGAAAUGAUCUUGGACAUUACUACCUAUUCUAGUCACCAGUUUCCCCCAAUAAUACCCGGCCACUUAAAUGCUCUUAAGUUGAAUGAUGCGUGCAUCACACGACACUCUUGAAGUCUAUGAGACACAGAACCCCCACGUACAUCCGUGAUUGGUCAUGAGUUCAGCUAAUGAAGCUGUCCUUUCGAAAGCUGUACAAAAGAAGAAUAGAAUCCAGAAGCCCUCAGUCACUUUAAGGGCUGGAUAUAUAUUCUAGAAUGAUACCCCAGAUUCCUUCCCACGCACAAUGCCAGUGUUGUUGAUGGCUUCAUCCCCCAUUUCGAGUGUGGUUUGAUCAUGCACUGUUCUGGAAAAGACUAGCACAGAUGCUAGAAGCACACUAAAGGUAAAAUUAGAUUAGCGUGUCGGACCCUGGGCGGCUGACCCCUGGCACUUGCCACACCGCUACGGCCUAGUCGCCAUCUGUGAGAAAUUUGUGCAAUUUGUGCAAUCGCCUCCUUCCCCUUUCUACAGAAAGACCCACCGAACCCGCUCGUUCAUAAAUCUGUGCGUCUUCCCCGCAAUUCAUCCAUUUCCAAACAUUCUCAAUUCACUUCCAACUUUGGAUUUCCAAUCAAUCGCACUCGUUGCAACAAUCAUAUUAAGUCCAGAACUUCCACUCGCUGCGACAGUACACGUGUACUUCUCCUCAGAAGCUCAUUUCAAUCUACAUCUCUUUCCGCUCACGCCACCACUCACAACUCACUUGCGACACGCGACUCAGUCGAAAGAAACACAACAUUCGAAUAAGCACCCCAAACAAACACUUCACCAUGAUCGCCCGAUCCCUCUUCUCCGCUCGUCUCCCCAUAACCGCUGCCUCUCUCGCAGGCAAGCGUGUGCCCGCCACCAUCCGCUACAACUCGACCACGAACUCUAGCAGAGCAGCCAGGGUCAUCGAGAUGGCUGCACAGGCCGAGAAACCCAGCGCCCUCGAAGCCACCGUCCCCAUCAUGUGGGCCAUCUGCGGCGCCUUGACUUACACUGCAUGGACCCGUAUCGACGAGAAGAACGAUGCGGAAAACGUCGACAGGCUCCUCAUCGUCUAAAAAGCUUUGCAUUCUGCUUUCUUCGAGCGUACCGGUUUUUCCCGAGCGAUCUGCGCUUUCGAUAUCGCGUUCUUUCAGAUACGGUGCAAUGAC